AUGACAGACCCAACCUUCCGCAUCACAACACCUCGCCUCACAAUCUCCUACCUGAACCCUUCAAACCCUCUCCACUGCUCCUUCCUCGUCUCCCUCUGGAACAUGCCAGAGUUCAUCGCCAUGCUCGGUGGCAAACCAACGUCUAUCACCAGCCCCUCCGCCGCCAAAUCGCUAAUUCAAAAUCGGUUCAUGGCCGAACAUGCCCGCAAUGGCUAUGGAAUGUACCUUGUCUCUUUACUUGAGGAUGACACACCCAUUGGCACUGUAUCACUCAUGCGAGGAGAGAGUUCUUCACUACUGGCUCCUGAUAUCGGGUUUGCUAUGCUGUCCGAGCAUAUGCGAAGGGGCUAUGCUGUUGAAGCUGCCAAAGCACUUGUUGAGUAUGUGAAUGAGGAAAAGGGUGUCAAAGCAGUAUUUGGGUUUUGUGAUGAGGGGAAUGAGGCUAGUAUGGGCGUUUUGAGGAAGUUGGGUUUUAGAUGGGAGGGAGUGAGAAGCGUAAAGGAGUUUGGGGGUAAGGAGGCGGCGGUGUGGAGCUGGGAUAUGGAUGCUGUGGAAGACCGGGGGCUUUGA